AUGGCACCGGCUGCAUCGAUUGAACAGCCCGGGAGUACGGCCUCGUUUGCGAGGUCUCCGCUGAAAGCGACAUCAAUUUUGCAUCGGACUCCAUGGAGGCCUCCUGUAGCCACCUCCGCUGAAGGACUCUAUCUGACGCUUGAAGAUGGACGAACAGUCCUGGACGCGGUCGGAGGAGCUGCAGUCGCGUGCAUAGGAAAUGGCCAUCCUGCCGUGAGGAAAGCGUUGAAGGAUCAAGUUGAUAAACUGUCUUAUGUCUACAACAUGCAACUGUCGAAUGAACCGGCCGAGGAGCUCGCCAAACUCUUGAUUGAGCAGAGUAAUGGAGCAUUCGAUCUGUGUGGGUUCGUCUCUGGAGGAACGGAAGCUAUGGAGGGCGUGAUGAAGCUUGCACGUCAGUACUUUUACGAGACUAAGCAGCCGCAACGAAAGAACUUCAUUGCACGACACCUCUCAUUUCAUGGCAACUCAAUCGCAACACUAUCACUAGCUUCUCAUCCAACUCGACGAGGUCCGUACGAAGAUAUUCUUAACCAUGACAACUUUCACCACGUUUCACCGGCAUAUGCAAAGCGCUUCCAAAAGCCAGAUGAAACAGAAGAACAAUACGUUGAAAGGCUGAAGCAAGAAUUGGAGGACAAGUUCCUCGAACUUGGUCCGGAUACCGUGAUCGGCUUCGUCGCCGAGACAGUCGUUGGUGCUACAACUGGUGUUGUUGCAGCUCCCAAGGGUUAUUUCAAGGCUAUGAAGUCUGUGUGCGAUAAAUACGGUGCGCUGUUCAUCCUUGACGAGGUAAUGAGCGGAAUGGGCCGGUUGGGUACUCUGCAUGCCUGGGAGAGCUUUGGUGACAAUGUUGCUCCUGAUAUUCAGGCUGUCGCGAAGGGCCUUGGGGGAGGAUAUGCUUCCAUCGGCGCAGUCCUGAUGUCGAAGAAAGUAGCAGAUGGCAUUAGGGACAAUGCGGGCCUCUGGAAGCAUGGCCAUACAUAUCAGGCACAUCCUCUCGCAUGCGUCGCCUCGCUUGCAGUUCAAAAAGUCAUCGACGAGGAAAAUCUGCUCGAAAAUGCCCGGAUGCAAGGUGGAUAUCUGGGUGCACUCUUGCGCGAACGUCUGGAUUCCCCGAAUGCCGCCGCUGCACCCUUCGUCUUCGACAUACGCGGUGGCGGUGCAUGGUGGGGCGUUGAAUUUGACUUCACUGGUCCUGAAGCCGCGCGACUGGACUUUAAAGGGCAACAGUUCGCCAUGAUCGUGCAGGCUCGUUGCCUGGAAAAGUCCCUCAUCGUCAUGGGUAUGACCGGAGGCGCGAACAUUUCAGGCACCGUAGGCGAUCACCUAAUGCUCUCACCGGCUUACAAUGUCACGAAAGAGCAGGUGGAGUCAAUUGUGAACAUCUUUGUAGAGAGUAUAGAGGAGGUUCUGAGAGAAUAUGCGUUUUAA